AUCUUUGUAAUCCUCUUGCCCAAUACUGCUUAAUUGCAGGGCAGCUGUCUCUUGCAGCUGAGCAAUGGGGUGAACUUAAUGGAUCCAAGCUUCCAGCAAAAACUGGAGGAUGAGAAGGAACUAAUUCGUCGAGCUAUUCAAAAGGAACUGAAAAUUAAAGAGGGAGCAGAAAACCUGCGCAAGGUGACAACAGACAAGAAGAAUCUUGUGCAUAUAGAGCAUGUUCUGAAAUCCUCCAACCGGAAGCUGGAGCAACUGCACUGGGAACUUCAGGAACUUAACGCAAGGAUUGUAAUAACAGACAAAGAGGAGAGUAAGGCAGAUGGAUCUUUAUCUCCAGACCCUUGUCUCUGGGAAAGGAACCGAGACCCCGUGGCAAGGAAGAUCGAAGCUCUGAAAAGGCAGCUGCAUGUUGAAAUGAAAGUGAAACAAGGAGCUGAGAACAUGAUCCAGCUGUAUUCAAAUGCAACAUCCAAGGAGCGGAAGCUGCUGGCUACAGCUCAGCAGAUGCUUCAGGACAGCAAGACAAAGAUUGAAAUAAUCCGCAUGCACAUUGUGAAGGUAUCUCAGACAGCAGGAAGGAUGGAAGAUACAGAGGAUCCAGCAGUGAGGAUGGGGACCACCAUCAGUGCUUUGGAGCUGUGCAUUGAGGAGCUGAGACAUCACCUGCGCAUUGAAGCUGCUGUAGCUGAGGGAGCGAAAAAUGUGCUGAAGAUCCUAGGAGGGAGUCGGGUGCAGGAUCGCAAGUUUUUUGCUGAGGCUCAGGGUCGCUUGCAAGAGUCCUCUCAGAAGAUUGAUCUGCUGCGCUUGUCCUUGGAACAUCAGCUUAGUGAGCUUUCUCCUGAUCACCCAAAGCGAGCGCUCAUCAAGCAGGAACUAGUAAAUGCUUCCUCCCUGGGAGCUCAGCAUAGCAGCAUCCAACCUACUUCAGUUAUCAAACCUACAGCUCUUACAGGAACACUAGAAGUGAGACUGAUGGGGUGUCAGAAUCUAUUGGAAAAUGUUCCAGGACGUUCCCGAAUGGCUAGUUCUUCUCCCGUAUGUGGCAGCCCGAGUGAUUUGAAGUCCCUUACCCGAACGCGAGUUGGCCUAGGUAUCCAUGGCCGUAGCGUCGCAGGAAAGUACCUGCGGAAUGAAGAGCUAUGUAGUGAGGUCCUCGCGGUGCUCAAAGUGGACAAUAAAGUGGUUGGUCAAACAAACUGGGGACCAGUUAAUAACCAGGCAUGGGACCAGAGCUUUGUCAUUGAGUUGGACCGGUCUCGUGAGCUAGAAAUUGCAGUUUAUUGGAGGGACUGGCGAGAACUAUGUGCAGUGAAGUUCUUACGUUUGGAUGAUUUCCUUGAUAACGAACGCCAUGGGAUGUGCCUCUCCCUUGAACCCCAAGGAAUGCUUUUUGCAGAGGUGAUGUUCUGCAAUCCUGUCAUUGAGAGAAGGCCCAAGCUGCAGCGACAGAAACGCAUUUUCCCCAAGCAGAAAGGGAAAGAAUUUCUCCGAGCUUCUCAAAUGAACAUCAACGUUGCUGCUUGGGGUCGCCUGAUGAUGAGUUUCCUCCCUCCGUGUAGUUCCAUGAGCAGUCUGAGCCCCUCGGUUCAUGAUCCCGUUCAUACAGACUUCUCUCCAGUUCCUCUGCAAAGUCAUGUUGAUUCAGUGUCCAAACCAACUAGGGACUUUCCUGUGGCUAAGCUUACGUUUGAUGAUGAAGCUCCACCCAAGCCUCCACGCCUUUUUCUGAUGGCCAGCUCCAAAGAAGCAACACCACCUCCUACAGACUCUCCGUGUCUGAAGAGGCUGCAUGUGGAGGAGAAGUAUUGCAACUCUGCCCUAACAGGAUUUCCAAUCCAGGCAUCUCUAAGGAAAAGGGCAGUUCAGCUUGAGGAUUUUCACUGUAUUGCCAUGCUGGGACGUGGACACUUUGGGAAGGUGCUGCUGGCCCAAUACAAAGCAACUGGGAAGCUGUAUGCUAUCAAAGCCUUGAAGAAAAAAGAUAUUAUUAGCAGAGAUGAAAUUGAUAGCUUGAACUGUGAGAAGCGAAUCUUUGAAGUGGUCAAUUCUUCUGAUCAUCCGUUCCUUGUGAACAUGUUUGCAUGUUUUCAGACACCUCAUCAUGCUUGUUUUGUGAUGGAAUAUACCCCAGGUGGUGAUCUUAUGAUGCGCAUACAUGAAGAUAUCUUUCCAGAGCAUAUGGCACGGUUUUAUGCGGCCUGCGUAGUCUUGGGGCUCCAGUUCUUGCAUGGGAAGAAAAUUAUUUAUAGGGAUCUGAAACUGGAUAAUCUGCUUUUAGAUGCUGAAGGCUUUGUGAAGAUUGCAGAUUUUGGACUGUGUAAGGAAGGAAUAGGUUUUGGAGACCAUACAAACACCUUCUGUGGCACUCCUGAAUUCCUGGCUCCAGAAGUCCUGACAGAUGUUUCAUACACUCGGGCAGUAGACUGGUGGGGAUUGGGUGUACUCAUUUAUGAGAUGCUUGUUGGUGAGUCACCGUUCCCUGGAGAUGAUGAAGAAGAAGUCUUUGACAGUAUUGUCAAUGAUGAAGUCCGGUAUCCGCGAUUCCUUUCAUCUGAGGCAAUUUCUAUAGUCCGCAAGCUUCUUCGGAAAUGUCCAGAGCGUAGACUGGGAGCAGGGGAAAGAGAUGCAGAAGAGAUUAAAAUCCAGGCUUUUUUUACGGAAAUUGAUUGGGAUGCCUUGUUUGCCAGGAAACUGAAGCCCCCUUUUGUGCCCACUUUAAGAGCUCCAACUGACAUUAGCAACUUUGAUGAAGAGUUUACAUCGCAAAAGCCAAUUCUGACUCCUCCAGAGGAGGUUGCUCUCCUAACCCGUAAGGAGCAGGCUGUCUUCAAGGAUUUUGACUUUGUCUCCACACACCUUUUAGAUGCGACUGCUGUGCUGUAAGAAAUCUGAACAAGUUGUUACCAACGUGACAGUUUGUAGAGACAACUUGACACGGGCAAUGGAAAAGUCAACAGAAUUCAUAGAACUGGUAGUGCUGAGGACCCUAGGAAGACAGUGUCUUAAAAGCUGAGUUGCUCUACUGUGUUUUUUCAGUGUCAGUCUUCAGAGGGUUACUGGAUGUGAAUUACCUUAAGUAGUAGUUCAUUUUUGACUGGGUGUGUCACCUGCUGCCAUUGAACAGGUAUGAAAAUUUGGAAUUUAAGCUGGACUUAAUGAAAUCAAAUCUUCUCUGCAUCCCAGCUUACUCUUUGCAAAGAGCCUCAGUAAGUGGCAUAGCUCUUUUAAGUUACAUAAUAGGGGGAAUGACUGUCCUGCCUGUUUUCUAGAAGAGAUGUGCAACGUUCCCUCUUUGUAAUGUUUUUUACCUGUUCCUAUUCAUAGGUAUGUAUGUGAGGGAAGGAAUGGAUUUUAAUACAACCAAGAUAAUGAAGUUUGGGUUUGAUAAUGAUCCAAAUGACCUAUCUUAAGGAAAAAGAGACUCUUUCUACUUAUUUCAUGAUGCUAAAUCUUAGCUAUUGUUUUUAAUGUUAUAAAAAACCUACAGCUUUGCGCAUGCUUUUGUUUUUUUUU